GGUUCUACAAGAACCAGCUAAUGGCGGAAGAUAUUUUUCAAACAAUAUCAUUUUCCAAUAAAUUGGACUCAAGUCAGCAAAAUGAUAUAGCAGGCAUUCAGGGAGAAAAAAAUUCAAAAGAACCAGUGUCCUUGGCAAGGGGAGCAAUGGGGUUUGAAAAAAAAAUUGGGAAGUAUCAGCUUGUUAGGACCAUUGGAGAAGGUAGCUUCUCUAAGGUUAAGCUAGCUGUCAAUGGCAACAAUGGUCAGAAGGUUGCGAUCAAGGUCAUUGAUAAGCAUAUGAUCUUAGAAAACAAUCUUAAGACUCAGGUUAAAAGAGAGAUCAGAACAAUGAAACUUCUGCAUCAUCCCAAUAUAGUUAGCAUUCACGAGGUUAUUGGCACGAAAACGAAGAUAUACAUCGUGAUGGAAUAUGUUACAGGAGGACAACUACUAGACAAGUUGUCCUAUGGAGAGAAGUUGGAUGAACGUGAGGCAAGAAAACUGUUCCAGCAACUCAUUGAUGCCUUGGAGUACUGCCAUAACAAAGGGGUUUAUCAUCGAGAUCUCAAGCCAGAAAAUUUGCUUCUUGACAGCAAGGGAAAUCUCAAAGUGUCUGAUUUUGGAUUAAGUGCAUUACAAAAGUGUAAUGAUGUCUUGACCACGCGGUGUGGAUCCCCAUGUUAUGUAGCACCUGAGCUUCUACUGAGCAAGGGGUAUAAUGGAGCAGCUGCUGAUGUCUGGUCGUGUGGGGUGAUCCUUUUUGAAUUACUUGCAGGCUAUUUACCAUUUAAUGACCAGAACUUGAUGAACUUAUAUGGAAAGAUAUGGAAGUCAGAAUAUAAAUGUCCCACAUGGUUUACUCGGAGUCAAAAGAAACUAAUUGCCAAAAUACUUGAACCACGUGCUGCAAAGCGGAUAACUAUAUCAGAUAUUAUUGAAGAUCCGUGGUUUCAAAAAGAUUACAAGCCUGUUUGUGCAUCUGAAUUUGAUCAGAACAUUAACUUGGAGGAUGUUGAUGUGGCUUUCAAUUCAAUUCAGGAAAAUGUCAGAGAGACGACGGUAUCUAAGUCCUCAAGUUUCAUUAAUGCGUUUCAACUAAUAGCUAUGUCUCAGGAUCUUGAUCUAUCGGGUCUUUUUGUAGAACAGGAGGAAAAAAAGCAGACAAAAAGGAUGGGAUCCAAACACACUAUCAAUGAAACGAUGGAAAAAAUAGAAGCUGCUGCAACCGAUGCAAGACUGUCGGUAGAGAAAAUUAGCAACUUUAAGAUAAAAUUGCAACCGAAACAGACAAUGGCCACGACCAGGUGUUCCAGAUCAUACUUAUCAGCUCAGGUGAUUGAAGUUGCUCCAACUCACUGUGUUGUAGAAAUAUCAAAAUCUACUGGAGAUAUAAGAACGUACAACAAAUUUUGUGAAAGUUUAUCAAAUCUGGUGAAGCAAAAACCCGGUGUGCCAUCACAGAGCGAAGAUUCUGUAGAUCAAUGUGCCUCUGAGAGAAAAAAACACGACGCUGGAUGCUAUGAAGAGCCAAAAAGUGAAGAUAGAAAACUUUUUCGUGGCUACGAAUCUUCUUGAAGGUGGAGUGAAUCCAUGUCUCCCUGUUUUGGUGAGUUCAUGGAAGUUCAACAAGAAGGAUGAAACAAAGUGUUUCAUUUAUAGAUGGAAGCAAUAAGUACUUUUUUUUCUUCUUUUCUCCUUUUCAUCUAUCUUCUUGUUGGAAGCAAAUUUCCUUUUCGGUUUUCUUUUCUUUUGUUCUUCUUCAUUCAUCUUCAUUAUAUAAAAUAACGAAAAAUGCAUAUUGGCAUUUCCAGAGCA